AGCCCUGCUGAUUCCAAAGGUCCCGAUCUCGACAACUUUUCCGUCUGUUCAUCGUUCCAUCCAUCGGGCGAAGAAGACUGGUUAUCAGAUCACUCUUUCUUCGACAGCCCAAUUCCAGCUGUCAAGAAGGAGCAGAAAGCGCGCGUCGCAAGGCGCGGAUCUGGUUCGGACUCGGACACCUCCACGCUUUCGGAGAGAGAGAGGCGUCAGCAAUGGCGCAGGGCAAAUGAUGAGCGUGUGCGAGAGUACGCGGCGAAUCGUCUUGCUCAGGAGGAGAGGCAACGUCAGGCUCGGGUCGCUUUGGAGGCCCACUGGCGUCGUCAAGAAGAAGCUCGAAAGGCUCCUCGGGGCCCUAGAGUUAUCCGGGACCCUAUUUCGGGCCGGGUCUACACGAACUAGCCAACUAGUGUAGUCUUCUGCGGGGAGUGUAACAUGAUCGCGCACACCGGGUGCAGAUUGUGUGCGCUAUGAAGGGGUAAGAGUGCGGAGGAGAGUACCUGGCGAUUAUCUGAGGCGCAAGGACUCAGUGGAGGACAACAGAUUCACACGACGGACCGCAUCGGAGGAGUUGGGGGCGGGGUGGAGGACUUACACUGUGAGGCGCGAAGCCGGGAAGCACGAUCGGACCGCAUCGGAGGAGUUGGGGGGCGGGGCGGAGGACUUACACCGUGAGGCGCGAAGCCGGGAAGCACGAUCAAGCGAUCGACAAGACAUCCAGGCAAGUACAUUGACUUUCUUAGAAGAAAAAAACAAAAAACAGAAAAAAAAAAAAA